GGCGGCGGAGCAUGCGCGGAGGGCGGCCGCCGGCGCAUGCGCAGAGCCGGAGAGCGCCUGAGGGGCGAAGGUUGGCGCUGAUGGCGGCGGCCGGGUCCGGCUCGAGGAAGCCCGGCUCCCCGCGGGACUCGGAGUCGGAGGUGUGGGCCCGCCGCGUGAGGGAGCUCGUCGCCUCCGAGCCCGCCAACCGCCUGUGCUUCGAGUGCGGCCAGCGCGGCGUCACCUACGUCGACAUCACCAUCGGCAGCUUCGUCUGCACCGGCUGCUCGGGGGCGCUCCGUGGCCUGAAUCCCCCUCACCGAGUCAAAUCUAUCUCCAUGACAACCUUCACGGAGAGCGAGGUGCAGUUCCUCCAGUCCCGUGGGAACCAGGCAUGCCAAAGGAUCUGGCUGGGCUCUUUUGACUCGCGGACCUCUCUGCUUCCGGAUUCCCAGGACCCUCAGAAGUUGAAGGAGUUUCUGCAGGAGAAAUAUGAGAAAAAGCGAUGGUAUGUCACACCGGAGCAAGGCAAAAGCUUAACUUCUCUGGCUACCCAGAGCUCCACCACAGAGGUCAAGACACUGCUGGGGGACUCGGGGCCAGUGGCUACAGCGGUGAAGGCUGCCCAGUCUGUGGACAAGUCCCAGCUGCAAGGCCCUCAGCCAGCCAAGAAAGCCAGCAUGGACCUUCUGGCCGACAUUGGGGGCGACCCCUUUGCUGCCCCUCAGUCUGGACCGGCCUUUACCGCCUUCCCUGCCUUUGGUGGUCAGGUGCCAGCCCACGCCACUUUCACCAGUUUUGAUGCCUUUGGGGGAAAUCCCGCAGUGUCUGCCUUUGGGGACCCGUUGCCCUCCAGUCCGAGCCCUUUCCAGAGCCAGCCAAUCGCAGCAGGUGGCACCCACAUGGGCGGAUUCCCCGCUUCGCCAGCCAGCCAGCCAGGAGUGAGCAUUCCAGAAAUGGGUGGGGCUUUCAGAGUGGGCGGAGUCCCAAGCAGUGUCUUUGGUGCCCUGAGCCAGUCACCGCUUUUGCCUCCGCCCAGCCCAGCCGCUGCCUAUGGGGCAUGCACCAACCCUUUUGCGACAUCUGCUAUUUCCCAGCCCACGCUGCCUUCGACGAACCCUUUCCAAACCAACGGCUUGGCCCCAGGCACCUUUGUGGUGGGCUCCCCCGGCGGCUUCUCUGCCUCCCCCCUCUCUGGCCUCUUCGCUUCACCCUUGCAGCAGCAGCAGCAGCAGUUCCACCCACAGGCACUGGUGGGGCACCAGCAUAACGGGGGGUCCCCCUUUGGUGGAUUUCCUAUAACCAAAGUUGGACAACCAGUGGGCAUUUCAACCAACCCGUUUGUGACACCGAUGACCACAGCGCCACCCGUCCCCUUCGCUCUGGGGAAGCAGCCGCCCACCAAUCCUUUCUUAUAGCACCGGCGGCAGCAGAUGCUGGAGGAGACGCUGCCCCCCCCCCCCAACCUUUGCCUCUGUAUAUAGGAGCACGGCCUGCCAGGUGGCCCUUCAGCCAGUCGGCCUGUCUGUUGCUGUCUCUGCCUGGGAGGGGGGGGGGGGCUGUGAAGUGCUUUAACUACUGGCUGCUGAAGAGCGGGCCUGGCUCAAAGCAAUGCAUGGUGGGGCUCUCAAUGGAAGCUAGGGGCUUGCUGGAAAUCCAGCAGCAGUGCAUGCUAGGAGAAAGAUGGCAGGGAGGGAAGUGACAGGCUCAAGCAAGCACCUUAAGAACGGCUGGAGAGGCUCUCCCUUCCCCCUGCAGUGCAUGCUGGGACAUGAUGCCAAAGUUGAGGCUAUUGCUGCCGUGCAUGCUGGGAAAAGGGAACUCUCUUUGGAGUCUGAGUCUGCUCCAAUCUCAAGAGCUUCCUCUUCAGCCGCCCCCCUGCCAGUCUCUUAGCAGCCGUUGCUGUUGGCGCUGGUGGAUUGCCAAGGGCCAAGGUUCACUCUUCUGUUUGGCCUCUAGCAGGAUCCCUUUGCUUUUCUGCUUUCCGGUUCUCCUGCUGCGAGAAUUCCACUGUGUGGGUUUUUAGCCAGAGGGAGGCUUCCAAGUUCCGUGGAUGGAGUGAGAAUAAGCCACAGCACCAGCCUUUCAUCAAACCCCCCCCCCCCUCAUUUCUCUCAGUAAUUGCACAAAUGGUUAGUGGCUCGGGCAGUUGCGGGCUUGCAAGAGUCUCUGCAGCACCCCUGCAUGGAUGCCAUGGAGGGAAGGAGGGGCAAUAAUAUCUGAGGGAGCUGCCUGGGGUCUCGUGUCUGUAGGGCUCGCUGCCCCAGCAAGCACCCCCUUGAGCUGCCCCCGGCCUCCACUGAGGGCUGUGUUCUGUGCUGCCCCCAGGGACCUGGGCUGGACUGGCAUGUGCUUGCUGCUGAGCAAAACUCACAAGUGUGUGAAGCUGGAGACUGCAGCUGCCCCCCCACCUGCCUUGUCCUGCUUAAUUCCCCCCCCCCCACCGGCCAGGUGGCCUAAAGCAGACCCUGCCCUCCCUCCCCAUUCCAGAAAAGGGACCCUCUGGAAACCUCCGAGCCUGCUUGAACGGGGAGAAGAGGGCCCCUUGCCCCAGCUGCCCACCCCAACCCGAAAUGCCACUCUGCCUUUGCCGCCUGCAGUGUUCCGUGUUUCCCAGCUCACCAGAACCGCCCCUCAGGGGCCUCUUCCACGCAGCCUCUUGGAUCCAGUUGUCAGAAGCCGAGGUAAAGGCACUCAGCAGCCGGCCUGGGAUUUCACAAAAGCUGAGCAAACUGCACUUUGGCUAACUGAAUUCCCAUCUGGCUGGGAGCAGCACGGAUUUGUGCGGCAGAAGUGGGGGCAAAGGUCCUAUUAAAUGUUGGAGGGGUUUUGCACAGGAAAACAUUUUAAGAAAACUGGGGGGGGGGGGUUAGGGGGGGAAUUGCUUUAAUUUGCUGCUCCCCUCCUGUCCCCCCCCUUUGUGGCUUCUGACACAAUCCCAGGGCUCUCCUCAAAGGUCCCUCCCCUUCCCAGCCUGCCAUCUCUGCUGGGGCUUGCUUUUGUAACCUCUGGUCUCCCUGAGAAGAGUGGAGCCAUGUUCCCUGAAUCAAGACUGGAAUUUAUAUUUUCAAAAAGAAAAGUGUGGACUAUGUUUUUAAAGAUAUAUAUGUAUAUCUCUAUACUCACAAAUUAUAUAUAUAGAUAUAGUAUUCACGGGCACACAAAGUUGUUGCACUGGAAAUGUCUGGAAAGAUGGAUAUGAAAAUCUCUCUUUAAAAAUCUCUCCCCACUC